AGAGCUAGUUCGGCCUCCAUGCUGAGCACACGUUUUGCGGGUGUCAAGAAACGAAUCGCGAGUCACAAUUUUAUCAGUUUGGUUUCGGUACUGGUGUAAGGAUUAGAUAAACGAAGCAUGUUCCACACAUGAGGACGGCACGAUAACAGUAGUAUUAAAUGGUUAUCUACACAAGUGCCAGUUUCUCCUUGGGUGUCAGGGAAGGACGACGUGCGUGCUGUGAACUCCACCUGCCAUCACCAACAUGUCUCAGCUUCAGUUAGAUGGACUGUCACUUCCUCAAGCCACACAAAACUUGCGAGCUGUGGAGGAGCGUGCUGAGCGAAGGUUUCACUGGCAGUCAGCACUGCUGCUGGAGUCAGUGCGGCGCCAAACCUUCGCAGACUGGACGGUUCCCUUCGUCGAUCCAGACCAACUAGCUAAGGCAGGAUUUUUCUACUUACGGACUGAAGACCACGUCCAGUGUGUUUUCUGCCAAGGCAUCGUAGGCUACUGGGACCCCGGCGACCAUCCUGAGGUGGAGCACCGCAAACACUUCCCAAACUGUCCUUUCGUUACUGGCGUGGCCACAGGCAACGUCCCAAGAGUCUCUACAGACACUCAAGACAGUGCACUCUACGCCUUAAUGGACGAGUAUCACGCCUUCAGGCUGGCCAGCACGCGCCCGCAGCAGCCAGACUCCGGCUUCCACACAGACGCUGUACAAGUGGCAGACAGCGGGCGGCUCGCCUUCCCUCACUUCAACACUCCAUCUAGUCGCUUGCAGACAUUCAGGCGUUGGCCUCAGGACACCGGGGUAGCUCCCGAACAGUUAGUGGAGGCUGGCUUUUUCUCCACGGGCCUCGCUGACUGGGUCCAGUGCUUCAACUGUGGCGGAGGGCUUUAUGGCUGGAGGAAGGGAGAUGACCCGCUAGCCGACCAUGCUCGCUUCUAUCCCUCCUGCCCCUUCAUCAGGAUGCAGAAGGGCAAUGAGGAUAUUACCAACGCAAUGAAGAGCAAGCCGGCGCCUACAGCCAAGAACCGCGCGCUCGCUCUCAGUGACCAAGAGGCAGAACUACUGCUGCUCCACCCCAUCGCCAAGCGCCUUGUAGGCAUGGGACUGUCCCAGGUGUCAGUGAAAGAGGCACUGAGACGACGCCUGCAGAACCGCGGAGUUCUGUGUCGUACAGUAACGGAUGCACUCGAGCUGGUCUUCGACUAUGAAGAAGACCAACGCAAGAAGAGCAUAAGUCCCCCGCUCCUGCAUGACGGAGCCCAGAUUGAGAACCAAACGUCGCAGACUACAAUCGCCUCACCAACGCCCAUGCAGGUGGAGCCCUCGAUGCCUUUUUCUCCUGGUGUUGGCUCUCAAGACCAGCCCAGUCCGCAUGUGACGUCAGAUCACACCAGACUAUUACAAGAAGUGGAGGAGUUGCAGCGGCAGGUAGUGGAAGCAGAAAGUCGAUUACUUUGUCGAAAGUGCAAGAGAGAGAGAGUGGCGGUUGUGUUUCAGCCGUGCUCUCACCUCCAUCUGUGUGCCGACUGUGCCAGACCACAGGACAGCUGUACCACAUGUGGAACCAUCGUCAGGGGAACACUCAGGCCUAUCAUUGGCUAAUCUACAGACGGCACCCAAGUGGACACUUCUUAUGUGGUCACCAUCGAUGCGCUACAGCUUGCCAUCAUCAUCCACUACACAAACAAUGUCAGAACACAUUGAGUCAAUAUCUACACACAGCCUAUUACCAAAGACACCUAUUGAGACGUUGUAGUAAGAUUCAUAUCUCGUGCUUCAAUUUUCUCCAACGAAAUACAUGUCAGCACUACUGCCCGCACCAAUGUGAUAAGGGGCUGACCCCCCAGCACGGUGAAGUGGAUACUUCGUGCAACAACCAUCACAGAAAUACGCUCGACCUUAACUGGCUGCAGCAUAGGCUAUAUCCUGUACCUUGCCUGUUAAACCCACCUUCGACAGAAGUGUACAUUUUCCAUCUAGCUCCAACGCAGCAUCAGAAGGGGUCUCAGUACAAUUUAAAAUCUCUUGGGUCGCCACGUGCCGGUAAUCCACCAACGCUGUCAAAUAUCAACACCACAUUCUGCUCUACAAAUACUUUAUGUAGUGCCUACAGUUUUCCACGGCGCAUUAACAAAGCUCAUCUUUAUUGCUCCACAUCCUUCUUGUCUGCCAACGCUCAGCCAUCACUAACCUCUACAUAUUUCAGUAAGGUGUAUAAAUACUUGCGUGAUAAGGUAAGUAGUUCACUUAUCUCUGCUGCAAAACACAGUUUUACCGGAAGUCGGGACACGGUACGAGAAGCUAAUGAUUACAGUCAACAUAAGAGGUCCUGGUCACUUCUGUUCUGCGAUCUCUUGAAAACAUUUAAAAUGUCAAUAACAAAUAAUUUUCGCAUCUUUAUAUUUCAUAUAAUUAAUUACAAAAACAGAUUAAAAGAUAUAUAAAAUGAUUUUUACAUUUACAUAAAAACUAUUUUCCGCCUUAAAUUAUAUGCAUAUACGCCUACUAACGGUAUGUAAAUAAAAACCGAUUCAUAGAGCACAAAACAUAAAAAUUAAGCAUUCCUCUGGCCUAGCAUGGCACAUAUAUGUACUAUAUUAGACCUAGGAUUGCUUGGACAAGAAAGUCCAACAGUACAUAUUGGUACAUUUGACCAAAUAGUUACCAUAAGUACUGUACUUUAGGAAGAUGAGCUGGAAAAGCACACACACGGUAACCGCGCCGUCUACACUGUCGAUGACCCUAUAUAUAACCGAAGCAACAUAUAGUAGUAGUAGUAGGUAGGCUUGGGAGACAAUGGUGUUGCGCUCUGGACGUCGAGGCUGGCGUGUCCUCUCCAGGGCACAAAGUCUGUGUAGUUAGAUAUGGAGGAGACUGUUACCCAUGCAGCAAGUCCUCUUCCCCUUCUCCACGUUUCUGAAAUUGUCAAAUGGAAAGGCAAACGCCAAUACUCUUGGUUUCAGCGCUGUCGCAGGAGCUGUCGCAGGAGCUGCCAAAACGAGGUUGAAGUCAGCCUUAGGCGCUCCAGCUCCGGAUUUUUUCCUCGAGGUUAUAUGUCGUCUCGAGACGUGUCGAUAUAUGUUAUGUCGUUUCCUCGAGACAUAUACCACAUGUUUAAUAAUAAGUGGACUUAAGUAAUGGUCUUAUAAAAUUGUGUUGGGCUUUAGCUUCGGUAUGCUGAGCACAACACAAAAAUAAGUUUAAAUUCGUGAAAAUUUCAACUUCUUACGAUUUUGUUUAUUAUCGACAUCCUUAUUUACAAAAAUUGUAAACUUUGUUGUAUUACUCUAAUAAAUUUUUACUAUUA